CAUGCCGGUUGAUGCUGACAUGCCGGUUGAUGCUGACAUGCCGGUUGAUAAUCUACACGGGAUCCACUAUAGAUAGGCUCUUAGUGAUGGCUGACAAUCCAUUACAGAUCAUGAAGAAGCUUGCCAAGCAUUCACAGUGAAUAAUUGAAAAAUUGCUUGAAGGAUUUACUAUAAGAGGAUUUCUCUUUCAUCCAAUUGAAUAGGACAGACUUCCCUGAUCGUGCUCGAUCUCAAUCGAAAUGCGUCUUUCUGCUCUCACUGUUGCUGCCUUACUGGGCACAGCCAGGGCAAAGAAUCAUGCUUCUGCACAAUAUGACUUUGUGGUUGUGGGCGGAGGAACCAGUGGAUUGGUGAUUGCCAACAGACUUUCGGAAAUGCAAAACGCCACAGUGGCAGUCAUUGAAGCGGGAGACUCGGUUCUGAAUAACUUCAAUGUCUCCAAUGUCAUGGGAUACGGUCUCGCCUUUGGGACCGAGAUGGACUGGGCCUACCAGACCGAGAACCAGACAUAUGCUGGCGGAUCCAAGCAGACCAUUCGUGCCGGAAAGGCCAUUGGUGGCACAAGUACUUUGAAUGGAAUGUCCUACACUCGAGCGGAAAACGUGCAGAUUGACUCCUGGGAACUGGCUGGAAACAAGGGCUGGAAUUGGAAGAGUCUCUUCCCUUAUUAUAAGAAAUCAGAAGGCUUCCAGGUGCCCACCGAGGACCAAAUUGCUCAUGGUGCCUCCUAUAACCCCCAAUAUCAUGGGACAAAAGGCCCCCUCAAGGUGGGAUGGCCUUCGUCCAUGACCAACAGCAGUGUGUUUCCUAUACUUAACCAAACAAUGGAGCAACUGGGUCUCUCGUACAACCGCGACGUCAACGGUGGCCACAUGGUCGGAUUCACCGUCCAUCCGGAUACGGUCGACAGAGAGGCCAACGUCCGCGAAGACGCGGCCAGAGGGUACUACUGGCCCUACGAAGUCCGGUCCAACCUCAAGAUCAUCUCCAAAACGCAGGCGAACAGGAUCAUCUGGGCCAACCAAUCCCACGGCGAGGCUGUUGCUGUCGGGGUGGAGGUCACCGGUGUCGACGCGGUGACAGAGAUCUAUGCUUCGAAAGAGGUCAUCCUGUCGGCUGGCUCGUUGAGAUCUCCAGCGUUGCUCGAGUUGUCUGGUAUUGGAAAUCCAGACAUUCUUCGCCAGCAUGAUAUUCCCGUCAAGAUCAAUCUCCCCACUGUUGGCGAGAACCUGCAGGACCAGACAAACAAUGGUCUCAUCUAUCAAGGGAAAGACGCGUUGACCGGGUUGGCGACCUUCUCUGCUUUGCCAUCCGUCGACCAGCUAUACGGAGCCAAUGUCUCGGCCGUGGCGUCGUUUGUCAACUCCAGUCUUGCUGGCUACGCAAAGGCCGUCUCCAAGGCCUCCAACGGCGUCGUCAAGGAAUCGAAUCUCCUUGCUGCAUUCCAGGUCCAGUACGAUCUGAUCUUCAAAUUGCAAGUCCCCUAUGCAGAAAUCGUCUUUGCUCCCAGUGGAGAGUCCUUCGCCAGUGAAUAUUGGCCUCUUCUCCCCUUCUCCCGAGGCAGCGUCCACAUUAACUCCGCCAACGCCUCUCAACCACCAGCCAUCAACCCCAACUAUUUCAUGUUCGAGCAGGAUGUCACAGCCCAGGCGGAUGUCGCUCAGUACAUCCGCAAAAUGUUCAACACUGAUCCCCUCAGCACCAUAGUCAGCGGGGAGGCUUCACCCGGAUUGGACUCUCUCCCUCUAAACGCAUCCGCCUCUACAUGGGCAAGCUGGGUCAAGGCAAAUUACAGACCCAAUUACCACCCAGUCGGUACGGCCAGCAUGCUUCCUCGGGAAAAGGGCGGAGUCGUCAGUCCUGAGCUCAAGGUCUAUGGCACCCGGAAUGUGCGCGUGGUUGAUGCUUCGGUCCUCCCAUUCCAGCUCUGCGGUCACUUGACGAGUACUCUUUACGCGUUUGCUGAACGGGCUGCGGAUAUCAUCAAGAAGGACUAUGGGGUGAGUAAAUAGAGAGUGUGUAUAUUAUCCAAAGUUGUGCUUGUUUUGAGUUCUGGCUGGGUCGGUUGAUUGCUCUUGUAUACCGGAUUUAAUAGACAUGUCUUGAUAGCGUGCCCAGUAGCUUGUAUUAGAAUGUUAAUGGUGAUACUGUUGAGGAUAAAUGACUGUCCAGGAUAAGGGCUCAAGUGGAUGCAUCAGCAAGACUACCCAAACAGGCACCAGCACAUCAUCGCCCAGACAGCCUCUUCUUCCUGAAAUUUCUACUUGAAUGAUAGAAUCUUCGAUGGAUUUUAAACUAGAUUACUGAC